AUGCAGAUGAUGGAGGUAGUCACAAGUCAAAAGGACAAGCAGGGAGAGCGUGAUACUUACUACCUUUAUCCUGUGAUUAUUAUCUCUACUUCUUCCACCUGCAUGGCAGACGCCACUAUGCAAUGGAACAACUCCCCCAUUCACCCUUCUCCAAGGAAAUCUGAGGACGGUAUCCGAAGGCCUAAGAGCGCUACUGCAAAGAAGAGGCAGAAGCAAUUAGAGAGGCGUCGGCGCUUUCAAAGCAUGACAGAAGAAGAACGCCGCAGAGCCGCCCGCCUCAUCAAACGUCGUAAGGACAGUUUUACCAUCUAUUUCCCCAGAGUGCUACGAAAUAUCCAUAUGGGCUUCACCCUUUCCCAAGAGUCCUUAAACAUCUUGGAUUCAUUCGUGAAGGAUAUGUUUGAAAGAAUCGCGACAGAAGCAAGCAACUUGGCCCGUUACACCCGAAGAAGUAUUAUCAACUCAAGAGACAUCCAGAGUGCAGUGUAUCUUUUGCUGCCCGGUGAGCUCAGCAAGCGAGCAACAACUGAAGGCACAUUGGCCCUAUUCCGGUACAUCUCCAAACAGCGAACCACUUCUACUUCACUGAAACCCAAAGGCUCUUUGAGUGCCACCACUUCUAAGAGAGCUGUAGCAUCUACUCGAGCUUGUCCUCAGUAA